GAGGUUCUACAGGUGGUCGCAAGUGACUGUUGGGUUGGUGCUUGCAAUAGGAGCGUGCUGAGGUUGAAAAGAUUCUGGAAACAAUUGUGAACACUCAGAAGUUAUUAUGACCAGGGCAACGAUGCUAACAGUCUGGUUUCGAAUGAUGAAGUCUACUGCAGGAUUCUUACUUAUGAUGGCAGCAGAAGCCCUUUCAAGUCCACAUGGUUUAGCUCAUCCUGGUUGUGAAGAAGACCAUGAAUGCUCAGAAAAUAUGUUCUGCUAUAAAAUGAGAAGUUGUGUUGAUUGUUAUAACUGUGCAUUAUACUACAGGAAACCAAAUGCAAAGAAGAUAUGUGCAAGGGAACCUAGUGAAUGUGGAGAGUGCAUUGAUGGCUAUGAAGCAGAGAUUCUAACAAAUGGCAAUGAGAGGGAUUACUGCAGGAUUAUGGAAAAGCCUGCUUCUGAACUGAUACCUGGUACUGCACCAUCAGUGGAUUAUACAACAAUGCUUAUCAUAGGUGGUGUUAUUGUUACAAUUGUGGUGAUAGUUGCUGGUUAUCUCAUACAUAGAUGGAGGAAAAUGAGGUACAGAGGUGCUGAUCAAGCAGUUCAAAACAUGCAAGAAACACUCAAUGCUGGGUCUGGAAAUGGCAUGUCACCACUGUUGGGAAAUACAAAUGGAUGGAAGCCUUCUCUUGGAGAGCAGAUACCAUGCAACAGACCAUCUGCACCACCACAACCUCCUCCAUAUGAAAACACUCUGCCACCUCUUCGAGAUGAGGCUACAUUUGUUGUGGAACGAACGGUUAAAUGUAAAGAGGCCGUUUGCUUCAGAGAACCCGGUUUACAAAUAUCAAGUUUCCCGGACGAGGGACAAGAUGACCAAUCCACAGAUGGCUCUGAUACUGAUGCUAUUUUUCAUCCUGAUAUUAAUAUUGAGAGUGGGUAUCCAUCAGCAUUUCAUGAUGAUGACACUUUACCAGCGUCAGCAGAUGGAACUGACGAGAUAGUUGAACAGUCGGAGAUGAAUUUGCAACCAAAUGCAGAGGCUCCAUCCUUCCUUGGAGUUUUGAUGAAUGUUGGAGUUAACAACAGUGGUGGUAGUGAAGCAUGUGAUCUGAAUGAUUCGGGGCUGUCACAAGCUUCAAGCAAUGUUUCAGUUAGUUCCUUAUCAGCUGAAGAAGAAGAAGAGCUAAAAUUUGAUACUCCUAAUAGAUCUGAAACACACCAUGCAGAUGGCUGUAGACAAGAACACCAUGCUAUGAAGAGGAGUGGGUGGCAACGAGAAGAAAUAACAACGUUAGAUGCAGCAGAUGUCACCUUGAAUGGUGCAUUGCUCCGCAUUGCAGUUCCUAACAGUGACACUGAAGCACUACAAGCUGGUGACUCAAGUGUAUCACAGGCUUCAAGUAGUGCAUCAAUUAGUUCAAAUACUGCUGUUCCACGUAGUUUCUCUGAUGGACCUCUAGUCAAGAGGCGAAAAUUUGACUCAGGGAAUUCAAGUACAGCUGAAGAUCUUCAGGAAGAUGAAGAGACAUGCAGAUCACAGGAGAGUCCCAGAAUUAAUGUUCAAGCAGUCACUGUUUUGAAUGUACAAAAUGUGAUUUGA